AUGCAGCGUAAAAGCAGCGAGGAGUAUAUUCAGCUGGUGAAAAACCACUUGGUGAAUGAGUUUCCUCUCUGGAUUUGUUUUCCUUUUUCCCUGACGCAGGUCUCCCAGGCGGCCGCAGAGCUCCAGCAGUACUGUAUGCAGAACGCCUGCAAAGAUGCCUUGCUUGUUGGGGUUCCUGCGGGGAGCAAUCCCUUCCGAGAGCCCCGCUCCUGUGCUCUGCUCUGA